AUGGAUGUAGGAAAUUCCUUAAUACCUCCGACUGGUCGAGCAAUACUUAAAGAUGUACCUAUAAGAGUUGGUGUUAUUGAAUCAAUUCCAUUUACAAUAGUUACAAAUGUUAUUGAUGAAUCUGGACAGAAUACAACGAAACUAACUGGUUAUGUACCUGAUCUUAUUGAAUUGUUAGCUGAUAAAAUUGGAUUUAUUCCAAAAAUUCAAUUAGCACCAUCAAAUCAAACAUAUUCAGGAUUAAUUCAAGUAGUAGUUAAUGAUGAUUAUGGUAUUGCUAUUGGUGAUGUUACAGUUAUUGCUACACGAAGAGAAUUAGUUGAUUUUUCUAAUGCUAUAUUUGAUAAUUCGUUACGUAUAAUAAUGGGAAAAACAUCUGAUGUUACUAUUGAAUUAUUAUCAUUCUUAAAAGCAUUUUCACGCAAUCUUUGA